AUGGCUAUUGCGGCAGCUGUUACUGAGAGGGUGACUAGCGACAUGCUGAUUGGUACAGAUUGGGCAGUAAACAUAGAGCUUUGUGAUAUAAUAAAUGUGGAUCCUGGGCAAGUGAAGGAUGCACUGAAGAUACAUAAUAAACGACGGGGGAAUAAAAACCCUAAAAUACAGCUUCUUUCAUUAUUUGUUUUGGAGACUCUUGGCGAAAUUUGUGAGGAGAAUGGGUUUCAGCAGAUACUGGAGUGGGACGUUUUACAUGACAUGGUGAAAAUUGUAAAGAAGAAGUCUGAUUUAAAUGUGAGGGAGAAAAUUUUAAUAAUGAUGGACACCCGGCAAGAAGCUUUAGAAGGACCCUGGGGAAGGUUUCCCCAUUACCACGCUGCCUACAAUGAACUGAAGGCUGCUGGUGUAGAAUUGCCCCCUGGAGAGGAAAAUAGUGUACCUCUGUUCACUCCACCACAAACACAUCCUGUAGUUCACCCUGCUUCUGCAUAUGAGGAAGCUGCCGUUCAGGCCUCUCUUCUGGCUGAUCCUUCUGGACUUAGUUUGCCCGAAAUUCAAAAUGCUGAGGGACUUGCUGACAUUUUAACUGAAAUUCUUGUUGCAUUGGAUAUGAAAAAUUCUCAGGGUGUGAAGGACGAGCUGAUCAUUGACCUGGUUGAGCAAUGCCGUUCAUACCAAAAGCGUGUCAUGAUUCUUGUGAACAAUACUGCAGAUGAGGAUCUUCUAUGCGAGGGAGUAGCAUUGAAUGAUAAUUUGCAGCGAGUUCUUACUCAGCAUGUUGAUAUUGCCAAGGGAACACCUAUGGUUCUGGUGGCAACAAGAGAAACCCCAAUCGCACCUCUUAUGAAUGUGAAUGAGGAGGAUGAUGAGUCUGAAGAUGAUUUUGCUCAGUUAGCACAUGGAUCAUCAAGGGAUACACCACAAGGACAUGGACUGAAGCCGGUUGUUGUCAAGAGCGAACCCAAACCAAUCAUCCGAGUUCUUCCUGCACCGUCAUCAAGGAAACCAACUAGCGCUAACUCUGGAACCGUUGAUUUUCUCUGUGGUGAUGUUUAUGAGACUGAAAAAUCUUCGGGAACAUCUGGAUCUACAACAAUCCUCGAGCUGAGUCCAACACUAUCUUUUUCACCCAUCAAUGAUUCCAUAAAUCCCACAGCAUCAUUGUUUGCCCCAAAAACUACGUAUGACGAAUCUGCUCAUACAAGCAAAUCUGCCGACCAAUUGCCUCUGGCUCCUUGGGAUGAUUCAUCCCCUGGCACCCAUCCACCUCCACCAAGGUAUAAUCAAAGACAACAGUUUUUCGAACUACAGUAUCCUCAUGGCAGCGGUCCCUUUCACUCGAGUAGUGGAGCGAGGGAAUCCCAGAAUCCCUCAAUCUAA